GAGAACUACGCUGGAGCCUCAAGAAAGACAAAUAGUAAUAGCCGAAGAAAUCAUGCGACAUUUUUACCUCUACUUCGAAAGUAAUACAAGAGCUCUGACAAGUAGUAGAUCACCGCAGGCACGAAGCCUUUCCUGUACAACGAGCAUGCUUCUUCCUUCUCCAUUGUACACUUCUUCUCCGUCUCUGGACACGCAAUAG